UAAUAUUUAAAAAAACGAAGCAUUCAAAAUGCUUUUCUUCAAUACCUUCUUCUCCACGUUCAAAAGGAUUACUGGUGGCUUAUUAGCUAUAAUGACGAGCUUCAGGCUGACCAAAGCAAUUAUCAUACUAUGAUUCCUUACAAUGACGCUUCCUGCAUGUUUAGGGCAGUCUAUUGGGACGACAGGAGGGUUUCCACCUUUCCUAAACCACGAACAGAUUAAGACAUUUGGAUUUAUCCCCAUGGUGCUCGGGAUGCUCUACUGCUUCUAUGGGAUUUCCCUCGUUACAAGGAAUUACAUCAACCCAUCUAUUGAUAUCAUCAAGUCGAGAAACAGGUUUUCAAGUAACACAAUGAAUGCGACUCUUUUGGCAAUGACGAACUCUGCUGCAGAGUGCUUCAUCAUCAUGAAUUCAAUCUUCUUCAAUGUCUCUGAUAUUGGUAUUUAUACUGUUGUUGGAGAGACUGCGUUCUACUCUUUGAUAAUACAAGGGUUUUUCUAUCUCUUCUCAGAUUAUAAUACAAAGAUUGACUGGUGGAUUAUCACCAGAGAGACCUUAUUUCUCCUGUUCUAUGUAGCUCUCUUCUCAGGUUUCCUACUUGGAAAUAAAAUCGAAGCCUGGAAAGCAGCCAUCCUUUUCUUCUUUUACCUCGUUCAUAUUGUCAUGAUGGUCCUAAACCAGUAUUACGAGGUUGCCAUUAAGAAGGCAGAGUCAAGGAGGGAAAAACUCAAGGCAAAAGUUGAAAUUUGUAGGAAGGAUAUCUCUAAUUAUCAUAAAAAUAAUGAAGACACUGGUUCUAGAAAAUAUACCUCUGAGAUUCUUCUCAAUGUGGAUCUUAAAAUCAAGGAUAACUACAUUAUUGCAGAAGACAACUUAUUCAGAGAAAGGGCUAACCCUAAAAUCAUGAGAAUAUAUGAGGAAAAUAAGAGAGGUUCUGGACUGGCUCAUUUCAGAAGAAUUGCUUGAAAAAUUGUCCUCCUUAUACAAGCCCUCAAUCUCAACAAGAAAGUUCAAAGAAGUAGGAAGAGCAAAAUUGACCUCAGUAAGCUCAUUAAGUUCUAUGAAGAAGAGUAUUGCAUGUCUGACUCCGAAAGUGUAAAUCCAGAGGAGUUUGAAUCUAUAGAGAUGGGCUCUCAGAACGAGAAAAUCUCUGCAGUCUCAAAGAGAAAACUCAAAAUGACUGAAAGCGGAAAUCUCGCUGCCAUUGGAACCAAUAAACCUAAAGAAAAUAACAAAGAAGAUGAGAGUAAGAACGAAGCUGAGAAGGAAUUCGAUGAAUUUGAGGAUGAUAUUAGUUCUACUGAAGCUGAAUCCAAAACUAUUUAUGAUAGAAUCAACGAGAGGGUUAACAAGAAAGUCUCACUAGCCUUCCCUAAGAAAUUUCGUGAACGUCUGAUGUAUAUUUUUACUGCUCCAUUAACUUAUACACAAUUCAUAUCGAUACCUAAUGUGAUAGUCCCUGGAAGAGAGAACUUCUACCCACUGUCCUUAUUCAUGUCCAUUGCGUGGAUUUACGCCUAUACUUUUAUCAUAGUUUGGUGGACUUAUGAACUUUCUGAGGCCUGGGGCAUCAACCGUUCCAUUAUCCCUCUUAUAUUUUAUCCAAUAGGCAUAUCUAUCAGAGAUAGUAAGAAGAUUAUAGAUUUCUUAGAAGUCAAAAAGAUGUUUGCAGAGGAGCUUCAAGACCAGGAAAUCUCUCUUGCUGAGACGUUCUCAGGUCCCAUCUUCCAGAUCACAGGCUUGGUGGGGUUCACUUGGCUGAUAAAAAUUUUGAGUUCAGGAGAGGCCAUUAGUUUCGAUAAUGGGAACAUCCAAUUCCAGGCUCCUAUUCUACUUCUUAUUAUCGUGAUGAAGUACGGGGCAAUAUUAAUAGCGAGAUACAGGACCUCAAAGAAGCUAUUUGUGUUCAAUGGAAUCACGUAUACCUUCUUCACCUUUUCAGCACUUCUGUUUGACUACUAUGACAAAAUUUCUUAAUCAUCAAUUUUAAAA